CACGGCACGGCACACUCCAUCGUACGCGUAUCUAUACUAGCUUUCCACGACGCAGCUAUGGAGGUCGGAACGAACUUUGUCGCUAAACUCGAGCCGUUUCUCUUGAUGUCGAAGGCGGCAAAGGGCGCCGCUGCUGCCAAGUUGGUACAAGACGCCACCUCUGCACCCGGAGUCUUCGUCUUCGCGGAGUUGCUUGAGAUGCCAAAUGUCCAAGAGCUCGCGACGAGCGAACAGCAUUCACAGUACUUCUCAUUGCUGCAGCUCUUUGCAUACAAGACAUACCCGGACUACCUCCAACAUAGGGAUGCACUACCAGCUCUCAAUCAAGCUCAGGUCACGAAACUCAAGCACCUGACGUUGGCAUCUCUUGCGAUGCAGAGUCGGAUCCUUCCAUACUCGCAACUCCUAGAGGCACUGCAAAUGCCUACCAUCCGUGAACUAGAAGAUCUCAUCAUCGACGCGAUCUACCUUGAUGUCAUCCGCGGCAAGUUGGACCAAAAGGAGCACCAGUUUGAUGUUGAAUACACAAUGGGGCGAGACCUUGAGCCUGGUAAAAUCGAGACAUUACUGCACUCACUGCAGAAUUGGGCGUCAGCAACAUCUGCCGUACUUGCAGCAUUGGAUGAGCGGCUUGCUUCCAUCACCUCCGAGGCCGCACGAUCCAAGGCCAAGCAGGACGCCUAUGAUCAGCUCCAGCAAGCCAAUCUUAAGGAUGUCCUUGACAGACAAAAAGAACACAAGGCGGGAAUACGGGCCGCUAACUUCCCAGGCAAGACUGGUUUGACUGCGGCAGGCAUUGCCGAGAGAGAUCGGGAGUUGCGAGAGCGUGCGCAGCGGGAAAGAGAAAAGGCUGAACAAGAAGGAAAGGAGGAUGACAAGGACAGCAUGGACGUGGAUGAGCCCACAGAUAAUUCCACGGUCAGGAACCAGAAGCCACCAUCAGGGCAGGACUUCCGGCCACAGCGCAAACGAAACCGGCAGUGAAUGACCCCUCUGCACCCGCAUCUUGUAAUAUAGCCUCCUCCAUUGCGUCCCUAUCAUGGUCUGCAUUGUCCGCUUCCUACCCGGCUUGUUCAUCAUCGCUACAUCCUGUAUCACUUGCUCUUAACGGGCUGUACCAUCUAAAUGAACGCUUCUGAUUGCUCUUC